AAGCACUCGUUGUAAACACACACACACACACACACACACAGACACACAGACACACACUUGGAGGUGAAAGCGGUUUGUUCCUAUGUGACACAGAAACAUGUCCAAGAACACGAGAAUAGCUUUGAUCUUCGGAGGGUUCGUGACCGCGGUGGCCGCCGCGUUUUACCCCAUAUUCUUCUACCCGCUCAAACACAAGGAGGAAUACAGAGACGUUCAGAAGACAAACCGGACAGGAAUCAACCAGGAAGAUAUUCAACCUGUGGGUGUGAAGAUGUGGUCGGAUCCCUUCAAACCUGGAGACAAAUGAAGAGCAGCGACAGCCGACCUUCAGUACUUCCACACACUGAUGCUGAUGACGAACGCCUUUUGUGAUGAGUGCUUGGUGUGCGCGUGAGUGAAUGAAUGAUUUGCAGAAUGUGUUUGGUUUGUUUAAUGAGUGAUUCUUUAUCUUAUAAAUAAAAUGUAAAGUUCUAAAAGCGUAAAUACGAUUCCUUAAAGAUUUAUUUAUGUAAUUUUUUGCUGUACUGGGUAAUGUAUUGUUUUAAGAGACAGAUAGACUCAAAUGUUCUACCCCCAGAAUUGAAUUUGGCCACAAGGGGGCGCCCCAUGCCUGCAUGUGAACACAGAAAGCGUUGACGUGUGUAUUGUUUGUGCAUCUUAGAUAUUUUGGAAAAACUCUUGUAUUUCCAAAAGCCUUGCUCUGGUAUGCAGCCUGUAGGAAAUUAUAAUAAAAUACAGUGGUUUGUUUACCCAGCCCAUUCA